AUGAAGUUCAUCUCUGCCAUUCUAGUUUCUGCCGUGGCAUUUGUUGCCGCAACUCCUCCUGGGAUUCCUUCUACUUCUUCCGCCAAGUCUCUUCUGGCUAGUUUGACAGUGGCCACUAUUACUGAUGAUGGGACCUACGACCGUGAUCUUUUCCCCCACUGGGAGUCCGUAGAUGAUGAGCCAGCUUGCUCAGCCCGAGAGUGGGUUCUCCGCCGCGAUGGCAACAACGUAAAAGUCGGGAGUGAUUGUUACCCUACUUCAGGCAGUUGGACUUGCCCUUACUCCGGCAAGACUAUUACCGCAGCUAGCAGUGUUGACAUCGACCACAUGGUCCCGUUGAAGAACGCUUGGAUUUCCGGUGCCAAGUCUUGGACAACCGCUCGCCGUGAGGCCUUUGCCAAUGACAUCGACCACCCCCAGCUGUGGGCCACCGAUGCCAGCACCAACCGCUCGAAGGGUGACAAGAGCCCUGAUUCAUGGAAGCCCCCCCUGACUGGCUUUUAUUGCACUUAUGCCAAGGCAUGGGUUGCAGUUAAGAGCACGUGGAGCCUGAAGAUUACCAGCGCUGAGAAGACUGCCCUGACCUCUAUGCUCAAUACAUGCUAA